CUCCCGGGCCCUGGUCCUCCAGCUUCCCGUCAGCCGGCGGGGCGGGGGAAGAUGGCGGCGCCCAUGGGCAGGCUGUUGGCGGUGGUGGAGAAGACGUUAGGCCGCGGAGUUGGCGCCAACCGGCAGGUGUGUCAAGGUUUGGAAUCGCUGCUUAGCCCAUUUAAGCUGUGUGCCUCUCCCACUGUCAUUACGGUGCGAACAAAGAAGCGGCAUUAUGUUCCACCGCGGAAACAGGACAGUUCUGCGGACCAGGAGCAGUUGGCUCGCGCUGCUGGCCUGGUGAUGCGGCAGCAGUACAUUGAACGGCCCAUCAACAUCUCGAGUACAGCUGGGAUAUUUGAUCCAUAUGUUCCACCAGAGGGCGAUUCUCGCAUGUCUACUCUGACAAGGGCAGGACUGAAGCAACGCAUGGAGCAGGCCAAGCAGCGUGUCGCCUCGCAGCUCGCACUGCGGAAGGUGAAAGAACAUGACGGUGAAUUCACCACAAAGGACUUUGCCUCCAAGGCCCAGGAGAUUUACAUAAGUGCGCACGAGUGCCUUGUGAAUUUUGACAAAGUAAAGCUUCACAAAUUGGUAACGGAACGAUGUUACCCGGAUAUGGUGCGUGGCAACAGGUACAAGACAAUCCGCUGGAAGUUCCUGCAGUCACUGGAAGCGCCCAAGGUUGUACACGUCCGAUGUCCCGAUAUGGUCAGCAAGGGGAACGUUUACGGUCAGGUCACGCUGCGCUUCCACACCCAGCAGACUUUAGCCAUUUAUGACCGAUUUGGUCGGCUGAUGUUGGGCAAUGAAGAUCGACCAAAAGAUGUCCUGGAAUAUGUGGUGUUUGAGAGGCACUUAGUCAAUGUCUAUGGCCUUUGGAGAAUGCAUGGGAAGAUUGUACCUGCCUGGGCCCCACCCAAAGAUCCUAUCGUUAAGACCGUGAUGAUUCCUGGACCCAAGCUACAGCCGUUGGAAGAGUUUGACGCCAAGAACAUGGAGAUUCCCAAAGCUGAACCUGUACAGUAGAAUGCGUGAGGAACCCUGCAGAGACGGACCGAGAGUGUUUGUGCGUCGCUGUGUGUACUGAGGCCUGUGCUUCAUUGAUGCUGAGGGCAUGUAGAGUGUAUGAGCAGCCAGCCAUCCUUCCCCUCACUCUGGCCAGUGCCAGCCCCUUCAAAACCAGUCAACGUGCAAGCAACAAGGACCAAUUGUAACCCACCUAUGUGUAUACUCAAGAUGGACACAAAAAGCUGGAGUAACUCAGCUGGACAGGCAGCAUCUCUGGAGGGAAGGAAUGGCUGACGUUUCGGGUCGAGAUCCUUCAGACUUUAUCUCUGGAGAGAAUAGACAGAUGAGGUUUCGGGUCGGGACCUUUCUUCAGUUUGCAAGAUGAUAUUAGAAGUCAGAAGAAGGGUCCCGACCCACAAUGGGUGCUGCCCGGCCCACUGAGUUACCCAGCAGUUUGUCCUUUGUUCUCACAAGUAGCUGUCUGUGGAGAUUGUGGUGCUCCUCGCAGAUUAGUGAAUCUAGUUUGGUUUUCACUGCAUUCUGUACAGAUGGCGAGCACUUAGAGAUGAGCUGCUAGUAUGUAGAUGGUUGGACGAGGAACUGAGGAGAGCAAUAACUUGGGCUGCACGGUGGCGCAGCGCUAGAGUUGCUGCCUCACAGCUCCAGAGGCCCGGGUUUGAUCCUGACCACUGGUGCUGUCUGUAUGGAGUUUGUAUGUUCUCCCUGUGACCUGCGUAGGUUUUCGCCGGGUGCUCUGGUUUCCUCCCGCACUCCAAAGACAUACAGGUAUGUAGGCUAAUUGGCUUUGGUAAAAUUGUAAUAGUGUAAGGGGUGGGUGGUGUGUGUACUCCACCCCUUAUGUAUCUCUAAAAUGUAAAUCUAAAAAAAACCCUCUAAUUGCUGGUUUGAGUGGGUUGGCAAGCAGCAGCUGAGAACUGAGGUGGUGAUAUGCCAGCUCUGUUUCCCAGUGUGAAAGCCAGAGUGAAGGGCACAACUGCUAGUCUUUUCAUUCCAUAGUUUUGUAGUGCACUAGUACAGAGUCCAGGGUUUGCAGUUCCCAUUCAAUAAUAAAACACAAGUCUGGAUAUGUCUGCAGUGGGCAUUUCAUUGAAGUAUCAUUAGCGUUGUGGAGCGGUGGGAUCGGGGUUGGCUGCCUUGGCUGUUGUGUUCACCCACUAUCAACUGAUGCAACGCACAGUUUACACUUUAUGGGUGGCGCAGUGGCGCAGCGAUGGAGUUGUUGCCAGAGACCCGGGUUCGAUCCUGACUUGGGGUGCUGUCAGUGUGGAGUUUGUCCGUUCUCCCCGUGACCGCGUGGAUUUUUCCUGGUGCUCCAGUUUCCCCCCACACUCCACUGUAGUCAGAAUCGGAACCUCGGUCUCUGACGCUGAAAGGCAGAAACAAUGCCGCUGCCCCACUGUGUCGCCCUGCGCUGCAGACUGGCGCAGUCAUGUAAAUACUGCAACAUGCUCAGCUUCCCAGCAUUCUGCUGAGCUGGUGUAAUGCUGGGAGACUCUGGCCAGCUUUGAUUCCUUUGUGUUUUCUGGAUGUGCUCUCUGUCUGACUGAGGUUAUAGAACAAAGAAAAGUACAGCGCAGGAGUAGGCCCUUCGGCCCACAAUGACUGUGCUGGAAGGGCUGAUUCCAGGCUAUAUCCACCUCAUCAGCUGGUGUCAUUCAAACUUUGUUUGAGUUUAAUGAUACAGCAUGGAAACAGGCCCUUCCACUGACCAAGCCCAUGCCGACCAUGAAUCAUCCAUUCAAGCUGGUUUGCCCACUGCACACCUACAAGCAACACUUUUGGAUAGACACAAAAUGAUGGAGUAACUCAGCAGGACAGGCAGAGUCUCUGGAUUGAAGGAAUGGGUGACGUUUCGGAACGAGACCCUUCUUUUGUAAGACCACGUCCUUGGGAUGUGGGAGGAAACCGGAGCACCCGGAGGAAACCACACAUCCAAGUUGAUCCACGAGUCCAAGGAAGGCGAUGGCUGGAAGCCCUGUAACAGCCUGGGGCUCGCCUGAAUUGGGCACCGCUCAUAACAGCUAGAGCGUGGACUGGAGUUUGAAAACGGCAUCAAAAACAUGGCUCCUCUUGCGUGUGGCAUCAGUAUUUCUGUACACUGCUAAUCGGCGAUGUGCUUGGACACGGCAAUACUCUACAGGUUUGUUUGUAAGUAAAACAAAUUUCACUGUGAA